GUGACAUCUUCUGGAACGCGUUCUGUGCUUCGUCUUCUUUUGGGUGUUUGCCGAAUGGCGGUCGUGUAUGUUUGUUGCUGGAGUUUUAUUGCAAGCGGAAUAAAGUUGAAUAAUAGCAGCAUCCUGAGCCAAACUACAGCAAAGCAAGCUUGUGCUAGGAAACAAACAUGUCGGUCGCUUACUCUCAGCAGCAACAAUCGCAGCAGCCGCCGAAUCCGGUCAAUCGCGGUGGUCCAGGCGGUCCGAUGAAUCGUGGCGGUGGACCUCCUCCCAGCCCGAUGCAUAUCCAAAAGAUUUUAGACGAAAAUGCUGGUCUUAUUCAGACCAUACAGGACUUUCAAAACAUGGGCAAAGCGCACGAGUGUAUGUCCUACCACGUAGCCCUGCACCGGAAUCUUGUUUAUUUGGCUAAUCUAGCGGAUCCGCAGUACAACAUUCAAGCACUGCUACCGCCUCCACAUGUGCUCCAGCACGGUAGCGGCCCUCCAAUACAUGGUGCUCCACCUGGAAGUUCGACACCGGGUCCUCUAUCAGGACACGACGGGGAUCCAUCACACGGAAAUCAAGCACCGACACCAGGUCCUAAUCAAGCUGCUAUCCCUGCUGGCUCUUCUCAGCCACCGGAACAACCACCAGCAUCGCAAGCUGGAGCACCACCUCCGGUUCAGCAACCAACAGGUCAGGCCCAUCCGCCUCCACCUAAUCAGCAACCGACUGGGAAUUAUCGUGGAGGUCCUCAAGCACCGCCCACUACUUCUGCUGCUGGACAAACUACUCCCAAUCAAGGACCCCCGACCCCGGGACAGCCUGGGAGACCAGGUGUGCCACCGCAGCAAGCUCCAAUAUCUCAACAGAAUCAAGGCUAUCCUCCACAACGUGGUCCCUAUCAACAACACGGUCAUUAUCCAGGAUAUCCGCCACCAAAUCAACCAUAUCAAGGGCAGCCAGGUUAUCCACCGUAUGGUCCCCCGACCCCGUCGCAAGGAUACCCACCCAAUGCUCCACAAAACUAUCAUCAUGCGGGCCUUCCGCCAACAACUUCUGGUUCUGCACCACCUCAAGGAUCACCAUACCCAAGCGCGGGACCUCCACAAGGUCCACAGGCGGGAUCACAGCAAGGAAGCUACCAGCAGGGUCCACCAAAUGCACCAACAUCACAGCCUCAGAUGUAUGGUCCACCAGUUGGUGGUCAAUACCCACCGCAAACAGCUGGUGGUCCACCUAUGCCACAUGCUUAUCCGGGAUAUGGCAGUCCGAAUCCUCCGAAUGCUUACGGACAACCUUCUUCGGGAUAUCCCCCCGCCAGUGGUCAGCCAAAUUAUCCUCCGCCUCAACAGCAGUAUCCAUCAAAUUAUCCUUCUGGCCAACCGGUGGUCCCGCAUGGUCCCCCGACAACAUCCAUUCCCACAAGCGCUUCCAGUCAACCAACCCCUGCUAGCGCUCCUUCGACUCAGGCAAGCGGUGCAUCGACUUACACCAAUCAAUCCAGUCCCGCUCCAGGGCAGACAUCCUCUCCAGGACCAAGCUCGAACGCACCGCCAUCCAAUGCACCUCAUCCAGUUAUUCCUCCAACCACAUCAACCGGAUAUGCAGCUACGGCACCAGGCGGUCCUGGUCCUGUCCCACCACAAGCGUACACAUCACCACCAGCCGCUGCUGGACAGCAUCCUCCCGGAAGUUAUCCACAACCUCAAACCCCUGGACAGCAGCCACCUGGUCCUCCACAAUCCUACACAAACUCGCCCCCAUCAACUCAGCAUCAACAACCGCCGGGAAGUUAUCCUCAGGGUGCUCCUGGAGGACCCCAAGGACAGGGUCCGCCACCCGGGCCAGCUCCAGUAUACCCGCCCCAUGGAUAUCACCAACAGGGCUAUUCACCCAUUCCUCCACCCCAGGGCCAAUAUCAGCAGGCAGCUCAGGGUUAUCAGUAUCAGCGUCCUCCGAACAGUCAAAUGCCGCCUCCGGGACCACAAGGACCACCACCGCAGGGAGCAUACGGUUAUGGUUAUGGACAACCCCCACAAUAGAGACGCAUAUGACGCACUGGUAGGUAGAUGUGAUGAAUCCAAUCGAGAAUCUCACAAUCGUGGACUAUUAUCAACGAAUGGAAGCCCCCCGGGAAAAGAUAUCACGACAUUAUUUUAAUCGGUUUUAUCGAGUGUCGGACAUGUUGGGAAGUGUUUAACAAACUGGAUAAGGUUUUUUUUUCUUAUGUUUCAAGUUUCUUUUUAUAUACACUCUAUAUUGAUUGCAUAAAUAACGAAUUCCCUCGAAUUAUCCUUGAAAUCACUUCCGAGAACUAUUAAAUCGAUGUGAAUGUUGGUAAUUAUGAUUACAACAGUAUAUAUAAAGUGUAUUUUGAGAUUGUAUUGAAUAAAGCUUAGUUGAUGAUCGACA